CCUCGUAACUCGGAAAGCGAGCGCGCAGUCGUGCUGCGACGCUCGACUGGAAUCCGACGCUAUUAUUCCGGCGGGAAGGAGAGAACAGGCGGCGGCGUUUUCCGAUGACCAGACCAUAGAGUAGCAACACCUAUGGACGCCGUGACGUUGCUGCUGCCGCUGCUGCUGGCGGCUCUGGGGACGUCCGCCGCCCCCGCCACCCCCGCCGCCACGGCCGCGCCGGCCAAGGGCAAGUGCGAGUGCGCGCAGGCGGCCGACUCGCCGCAGGUGGUGGGCAACCCGGGCACGCCCGUCAUGGCCGCCGUCGAGAAGACCCUGCAGCGCCAGUGCGACCUGGUGGACCCCACCGCCUGCCUCGACACCAGCGGCGACGACCUCAACGGGGAGACGGACUUCGUGGUGGUGGGAGCCGGCACGGCGGGCAGCGUGCUGGCGUGCCGCCUCUCGGAGAACGGCCAACACCGCGUCACGCUGCUGGAGGCGGGACCUCCCGCCCCCGCCGCCGCCGCCGCCCCCAGCCUCUACCACGCCUACGAGGGCACCGUACUCGACUGGAACUACCAGCUCGAGAAGGACCCCAACUACUGCCUCGCCAGCACCUGCUACUGGCCGCGAGGGCGCAUGGUGGGCGGCACCGGCAUGCUGCACGGCAUGAUGUACAUGCGGGGCAACCCCUGGGACUACGACCACUGGGCCGCGUCGGGCUGCCGCGGCUGGUCCUGGGCCGACGUGCUGCCCUACUUCCUGCGCUCCGAGGACAACCUCGACGUCAAGAGGGGCAGCCCCUUCGUCGACCCGUCGGUGCACGGCACUGAUGGCCCGAUGACGGUGGAGCGCUUCAAGUGGCUGCCGCAGCUGGCGGGCAACAUGCUGCAAGCCGCGUCGCAGCUGGGCCAGCGCGUCGGCCACGACCCCAACGGCGCCUCCGGCCAGCUGGGCUUCACGCCCGCGCAGGCCACCACCGUGCGGGGAGCCCGGUCCAGCCUGCUGCGGCAGUUCUGCGGCGGCUCCGCGCGGCGCCCCAACCUCAGCAUCGUCACCAGGGCGCAGGUAACACGCGUGCUGGUGGACGCGCAGUCGAAGAGGGCCACAGGCGUGGAGUACGUGCGGAAGGGCAAGACGCGGCGAAUCACCGCCGCCAAGGAGGUCAUCCUCAGCGCCGGAACUGUCGCAUCGCCGCAGAUCCUUCUCCUGUCCGGCAUCGGGCCCAAGGAGCAUCUGCAGAAAGUCGGAAUAUCUGUGACCCAUCACUUGCCUGGUGUGGGUAGACGUCUCCAGAAUCAUGUUUCGUACAAGAUGAGGGUCAAGCUGGCCAACUGGAAGCAGCAAGCACUGCUGAACAACGGGACGCUUCACGAGUACGUCAAGAAGAGACUGGGACCAAUAACCUCUACAGGAAUGUCCCAGCUGACUGGCUUCAUCCGAACCAAGUACGCGCCGCUGGCGCCUGCGGACAUACCAGACGUGCAGGUGUUCUUCGCGGGCGAGCAGGCCAACGGCUCCUCGGCGAUGACCAGCUCCUCGCCGCCAGCCUACAUAGACAUCACGCCCACUCUGCUACGGCCGCAGAGUCGUGGCUACAUAGAGCUACGAAGCAAGGACCCGCUCCAGCCACCGCGCAUACACGCCCAGUACUUCAGAGAUAUCUUCGAUGUCAAGGUUCUGGUUGAGGGCAUCAAAUUUGUGCUGGAAUUUGUCAGAACACCAGCCAUGAGAGCACUGGGUGCCAGUCUUACGCCUGAACUGUGGCAGGGAUGUGAAAAAUACGGGGAAGGAUCAGAGGACUUUUGGGCUUGUGCUGUGAAGCGUUACACAGGCCCCGAGAACCACCAGGUGGGGACAUGCAUAAUGGGUGACCCCUAUGAUCCUAACACUGUCGUUGACCCGCGACUCAGGGUUGUGGGAAUAAAUGGUUUGCGCGUCGUGGAUGCCUCUGUAAUCCCACAUGUGCCCUCGGGCAACCUCAACGCACCCACUGUCAUGGUUGCUGAGAAAGGGGCGCAAAUGAUUAUAGACGAUUGGCAAUGAGAUUACACCUUCAUGGAUAUAAAUGUAACUCCAGCGAAGUGAUGCAGCUCCAUAUAUGAACCAGAAGCAUAUAUUAGUCAAUAUUAUUAAUCUAUUUAUGAGGUUUGUCUGUGUAAAUGUCUGUGUGUGUAAGCUUUGUGUGUGUGUGUGUGUGUGUGUGUGUGUGUGUGUGUGUGUGUGUGUGUGUGUGUGUGUGUGGUAGAGUUUUCACACUUACUGGUAGCUGUGAAGUCUUCUUGUAUUUAUUCAAAUAUUUUCAGACAUGAGGGAGUUCACUUAUGUGGCAAUCUGAUGACAAUACAGGUGCGACAAAUUUAAAUCAAGAGAAUAAUUUAAAAUAUCCAUGUUCACCGUUAAGUGUGAACAACUACUCAACCGACAGGAUAAACAUUAAAUAACUCCCUCUUUGCAAUUGGAGCGUGCACUAGAAUAAAAUAUGAUUGUAGCAAUGAUUUAUAAAAUCAUGUAUUCAUGGGCAUUAUGAAGGUGGCAGUUCAUUGACAAACAGUGAUUGCUAACAAAUCCACAACGGAUGUGUGCUAGUGCUCUGCCAGUUUCUUUACCGCAGUUUCAGGGGCUCUGCUUUUCCUCUGACAAUAACUUUUACUUCUGGCACUGUGCACAAAUCACUUUUUUGUAUUGCUAAAGUUCUCAUUUUCCAAAGUUUCUUCGUCAGCUUCAUUCAAUCAAACUGAAAGAAGAAUAAUAAUACCUUCGAUGUGUAAUUCGUCAUGUCAUGGGCACACCUACAAUAUUCAGGCUGUGAAUCUAUUUCUAACUCCUGUACAUUUUCUGGAAUUCUGCAUUACAGGUGAAGUGAGAUUUACAAAGUAGUAGAUUGACAUUACGCAAUCCUAGAGCUUCUGUACCAGUAUGUUGUCUGCUGACCACUCAUAUCACUGGUGUCGUUUUAGCAUGUAGCCUUAAUAUGGUGAUGCCCUACUCUUGCCAAGUUAAUAAUUGCCAUAUUACUGUGAUCUCAGGUGUCUUUUGAAGACAGUAAUAAAAUCAUGAAACCUAUUUUAUGAUUGGCCGACAGAAAUAACACAAAGAACCGGAGUGAUUCAGAAUACAUAUUCAAAAUAUGAAUGAGUACAAUUGAUUCGUAACUAUAAUUAUGAAAUUAUGUGUAAAUGGUCUGUCUGUAGAUAACAAUCUCAAUUGCACAACCAAAUUUAAGAUGAUGUGACCAGCGUCAUCAGUUGCGAGAAGUUACUGCACCGGAGUUACAGAUAUGUUUAUUUAAUCAGCAGUCAUGUUAAUUGACUUCCUCUACUGUGUAACCAAAGAUAUAAAUGAUAAUUAUAAUUAAAUUAUGUUUCAAAUUA